UCCGUUGGCUGUUUGCAGCGUUACCAAAGUUUCAUGUGGUUUUAAAAAAAUACCAAAUUUAAACUGUCAAAAUUACCGCCAAAAUCGAUAAAUUUGAAUAAUAUUAAAGUGCAGUAAAAGUGAUUUUUAAAAAUGGAAAUGUAAUAACAAAUCGGAAAACAAUUAUUAACUUUUACAAUGCCAUGGUUCUUACGCGAAGUAAUAUCAAUAAUAAAAUAGAGACUGUGUUUUAUUGACCAAGUGUGACAGAUUUAUUUUUCAAAAAUGGCCGCUGGAAGACUGAAGCUGAUUACACUUUUUGCUUUCUUCACACGCCUCGCAUGCUCACAAGAGUACUUCAGAAUGGGUGUUAACACUAAUUCAGCUGAGGCGACGCAAUUUCUACGUGAAUAUGACAGAGAAGCGUCAGGGAUGUGUUACAGAGUAACGAUGUCGCAGUGGAAAUUUGUGACCAACAUCACAGAAUACAAUCGACGCCGGAUGAUGGAGGAGCUGGCACUCAGCUCCAAGUUCGAGAGACUCUCGUGGAGGAAGGCAGCUGCCUACGAUGCUUCCAGGCUGCCUGAAGCCCAGGGCCGGAGACAGCUGAUGAGGAUUGUCCAGGGCAGUCGAGCCGCGUUGCCUGAUGAGAAGUUCUCUGAGCUCCAACAGUUGAUCUCAGAAAUGAAAGAGGUCUACAACUCGGCCAAGAUCUGUCCUUACGGCCAGAAGCCGUACGACCCUCACAUUCCGCGAAUGUACACGGAAUACCAACCGCAGAAUUUCCAGAGCUACCAACUGUCCAACCAGCCGUAUCAGCACUACCAACCUUACCAGGAUAACCAGGAGUAUCCGAAUUAUUGCGAUAUGCAAUUGGACCCGGAAAUUAGCAGAAUUCUCGCCCAUUCGAGAAUUGAGAGCGAGUUGUUGUAUGUAUGGAAGAGCUUUAGGGACCAAACUGGGCCGAAACUGAAGAAUCGGUUCAUGAGAUACGUUCAGCUGGCGAACCAGGCUGCUGUCAGCACAGGUUACACCGACGCAGGCGACCAAAUGCGAGCGGCAUACGAGGACCAAUCGUUCAGGGCCUCAGUCGAAGAGAUCUACAACCAAAUAGCGCCGCUGUACAAGCAGCUAUUUACAUAUGUGCGCAGGCGCCUGCUCCAGAGAUACGGCGAGACCACCGUGCGGUCUGACGGACCCAUACCCGCGCAUUUGUUGGGUAACAUGUGGGCGCAGAACUGGAAGUCGAUCAUGGACCUGGUGAUGCCAUUCCCUCAGUCUCCGAAUGUGGACGUUACCAGCGAGAUGCUGCGACAGGGGUUCACACCUCUCAGAAUGUUCCAGAUGGCUGAGGAGUUCUACACGUCGAUGGGCCUGAAGCCAGUUCCUCCGGAGUUCUGGCGAGGCUCCAUGCUGGUCAGGCCUGCGCAGCGCAGCGUGCAGUGCACCGCCAGCGCUUGGGACUUCUGCAACAGGAUCGACUAUAGAAUAAAACAAUGCACUGAAGUGACGAUGCAGGACCUAAUCUCCACUCACCACGAGAUGGCGCACAUACAAUAUUACCUGCAGUACGCCGAGCAGCCACAGCUCUUCAGGGAUGGCGCAAGCCCUGCUUUCCACGAAGCUGUGGCCAACGCAGCAACUCUCUCCGUUUACAACCUGCCUCACCUGCAAAGAGUUGGUCUUUACCAGAACAAGACCUACGACCCUUACGAAGUGAGCAUGAACUUUCUCAUGACCAUGGCUUUGGAGAAGAUAGCUUACCUGCCCUUUGCUUUCAUGGUGGACCAGUGGAGGUGGUCAGUCUUCGAGGAAGGAGUACAGAAUAUGAACAACAGAUGGUGGCAGAUGAAGUUGAGAUAUCAGGGAGUAAUUCCGCCAAUGCCCAGAACUGAAGCCGACUUCGAUCCCGGCUCCAAGUACCACGUGAUUUCUGAUCAAGAGUACAUCAAAUAUUUCCUCGCCACAGUGCUGGAGUUCCAGAUCUUCGAGCAGCUGUGCCAGGCCUCCGGGCAUGUUGGACAUCUGCACGAGUGCGACAUCUACCGGAGCAGAGAUGCUGGAAGGUUGUUGAGUGAAAUAAUGCAGCCGGGUUCGUCGAAAUCAGCUGCGGAGAUCAUCAGAGCCAUGACCAAAGGGAAGACCAACAGGAUAUCACCAGAAUCCCUUGUCAAGUAUUUCAGACCCCUGGAGCUGUGGCUUCGCGUGCAGAACCGGGACGAGCCCCUCAUUGGCUGGAGCUCCAACUACCACGACGUGGCCCUGUUCGCCCCGCAGCGUGCCUCCGCCCCCGCCCAACGAGCGACCCUUACAUUUGUCCUACCACUCCUAAUUACUUUGUUGUACCUUACCUGCUUACAAUAA